GAUUGAUUGAAUCCUGUUCAUAUUCAUAACACGUUCAGGUGGGUACCUGCAUAUUCAUAACGAUCCAACUUCAAAGCACUCUUGCAAAAUGGACAUCACCUGCCAGCGUUUCCUGGGACCGUGGCAACCUGGCCAGCGAUUGUGACGUGUCCGGCGGCAGCGGCGUGAGCCUGCGGCCGCCAGCAGAAACGACACAUUGUUCCUGGGCGACUGCGCGGCGGCGGGCGAUCGCAGGACUCAUGAACGAGCGCGAGAAGACAAGCCCCUCCUCUUCGUCUCCAGGGCCCCGGAGAGGAGGCAGGAGGAAGAGGAGGGCAGUCUCGGACUCCAGGGAGAGACCCAGGAAGCGAGCCCGUGUCCAGCCUGGACCGCAGAGGGAGAGGAGGAGGAGGAGAGAAGGAUCCCCUGAGGAGAGAGAGAGGGAGCCCCCCUCCAGGAGGGGGCGGAAGAGGGCGGCUGUGGAGGAAGAGCAGCCCCUGAGGAAGAGGAGGAGGGAGGAGGGGCCGGCAGAGGUCACGCAGGCCGGAAGAGCGCUCUUCCCGAGGAGCCUCCCACAGGAACAGGGGGAGCCCAGUUCUGGCCCCUCUACUUCCACAGCCCCCCAUGCCAAACGCCCAUGUGGCAAAGCCUGCCUCGAGAAGCAGUACAAGAAGGGAGCCUUGCUGGGCCAGGGCGGGUUCGGCUCGGUCUACGCCGGAGUCCGGAAGGCAGACGGGUUGCCGGUGGCCAUGAAGUACGUCCUGAAAUCAAAGGUUGAAGAACAUCUGGAAAUUCCCGGGGAGCCCCAGCCGCUGCCCCUGGAAGUGGCACUGAUGAAGCUGGUGGGCGUGGCGCCCCGCUGCCCCCACAUCCUGCAGCUGCUGGCCUGGUUCGAUCUGCGCCACCACUACGUCCUGGUCCUGGAGCGGCCCCAGCCCUGCCUGGACCUGUACGAGUUCAGCCUGGAGCAGGGCGGCCAGCUGGACGAGCCGCUGGCGCGCGGUGUCCUGCGCCAGCUGCUGCAGGCCCUGCGGCACUGCCAGGCCCGCGGCGUGCUGCACCGCGACAUCAAGCCCGAGAACAUCCUGGUGCAGACGGACAGCCAGCAGGUCAAGCUCAUCGACUUCGGCUGCGGCGACCUGCUGCAGGACUGUAGCUACAAGGAGUUCGCAGGGACAGAGGAAUAUGCCCCCCCAGAGUGGGUGCUGGAGGGGCAGUACCAGGCAGCGCCCCUGACAGUCUGGUCUCUGGGGGUGCUGCUAUUCAACAUGGUCUGUGGGCACGACCCCUUCAAAAACGAAUUAAAAAUCUUGGAGGGGCGUCUGCGCUUUAGAAGAGGCAUUUCUGUAGGCUGCCGCAACCUGAUUCGCUGGUGCCUGAGUGUGAAACCUGAGAAACGGCCAACCCUGGAGCAGAUCCUGCUCCACCCC